GAGCUAUUUUGUCUUGUGGUGGGUGCAGCACCAUGCUGUACCAGUGCAUAGUCCUCAAACUGACCUGACACCCCUUCCCUCCACUGUGCCUGUCAUGAACUGGGUCUCAAAGAUUAGAACACACAGGUCUAACACUGCUCUGUACCCUCCCAGGCUUUAACUAUCACCUGAACCAAAGACCGAAUAAUGCUGUUAAACUUUGGAGUUCUCAGAAUAAAUGGAUGAGAAACAUGCACAGUAUUGGAUUAAAACACUGACUUUUGCUGAGACUAAUUCGUUCACCCCUCUAUUCCCUGAGGGUGGCGGGGAGCCCAAGCCUGGCUCUUUAGCAUCGGACCCAAACGUGGACGGGUCGCCGAUUCGUGUAUAACGGAAAUAAAUUCACAGUUUUCAGGACGUUACGGUGGUGUGCUUUAUAAAAUAAAAAUGGAUUUUAAAUGUAAAGCUGAGUUUAAUAGGCCACUGAUACUUGUAUAAACGUCCGAUUUUUAAAACGAAAGUCGCAGGGCUCAGUGCGGUGGGGACCUGAUGAAGUCAGGACGGCCUUCAUUAUGUCUGGGUGAGCCUCGUUUUCUGGAACAGCGGCAUAAAUUCUGUAGAAGCACAGACCAAUGUGUGUUUGAAAACUGUGAGAAGAGGAGGUUCUGGCAAUUCGGUUUCGACUGCCAAUUAAUUGUUCAUUAUAAGCACACAUAUGGAAAAUGUUCCAUACCAUUGUUACGCAUGAACGCGUGACUAAAAAGGGAGCUUUUUUGCCUCGCUAUAAACGGGGUUUCUGACUUCAUUGGAAAGCAUUUACUUAUUUAAUUUAAAUGUAAUAUGAGCACAGUCGUUUUAUUUCGUCCAGGGUGGGUAGAUGCACUAAACUCUGAGUCUAAAGUAUCCCCUGCGCUUGUGAGUUUUUCUUCUUUUUAUUAUUUCUUUUUUUUUCUCCCCCGCAGACACCGCAGUUUUUCGCUAAACGCUCCUCGCCAUUCCUGAAGAGUAAAAGCCGCCUCCAUUCUCCGUGCCAUCUGGUGCUUUACGAGCAGGGCUGCUGCUUCCCAGAAGGGAGUUUGAAACUUUGUUUUGUAAAACAGCCAAAGAGCCCAGGGUGUCGCUGGGGUUUUCUUUUCUUUCUUUCUUUCUUUUUUUUUUUUACGAAAAAAAAAAUCAAGUUAGUUUCCAUUUCAAUAGCAAAGAGACCUGCCUUAAUUCCCAGUUCUCAAGUGCGCUUUGAAAGGAGAGAGCUGUAAAAUAUAUUGAUGCUGAAACCCCUCGCCAUUGACGGGCUGCUAGGCGUGAACAAUCUUUCGGGCACGAAAGGCAAUCGCCCAGUGCACGGCCAAUCGAACACAAAGGAGAUGAAACAGGCCAGAAAAUGCUAUUCUCCUCCAUUCAGUCCUAUCAAUCAGAGUUUUAAACCCGUCCGAGACAGCGAGCUGAAGAAAGGAGAGCAGAGGGACAGAAAGAAAGAAAGAAAGAAAGAAAGAAAGAAAGAAAGAAAGAAAGAAAGAAAGAAAGAAAAAGUCCAGCGGUAGUGCAAGAGAGACCCCCACCUACUCCAACCCCAAACACCGCCGCUGCUUCUCCGACUCUUCUCUUUUCCUCCCUUGACUCCGCAUAUUGUUUUUAUUUAUUUGUUUUUGCAAUAUAACCAUGCUGCACGCAAUCACGCCUCUUAAGUCGGUUGCACGGUUUAUUGCUAAACAGAACCAGAUUUGUUUUCGCUCGCUUUUCCUUCGCGCUGCCGACUGGCAGAUGUGCUUGUAAUUGGAGAGUUUUUUUUUUUCGGGGAGGCUGCUGAACUGCUUUAUGCUUUUUUUAUUCCCCUCUGCUGAUUAAAACUAACUGGACUAAUGGAUCAAGUUUGAGGGGACCACACAGGGUGCCGCGGGUUUCAUAAAAUUUAUAAACAUUUAUUAGCCCAUGUGACUCACAAACCCAGACCCCCACACCAACGCUAACGCUAAAAAUGUUGCUAUGGAAAUGAAACGGAGAGCAGACUCAGCGGGGACAGCCAAUCUUAACGCGGGGCUCCAAGAAGAAGAAGAAAACUUUCCCUUUUUUCUGUUUUGGGGAGGGGAGCGAGGGGGGUGGCUACUAAACGAAGCGUGAACCGGAACAGUGUGAAGGACAAAGCUGCAGGUACUUUGGACUACACAGAAAAAAAAAAAAACAGAUCGCUGGGUGGUGAAAAAGUGAGGGAUUCGCAUCCCGUAAACCGAAACAAAUUGGUGUUUUCUACAGCUGGUACCAUCUGAAGCUUUAAACGGUGUGUGCGAGAGAGAGAGAGAGUGAGAUAGAAGGCGAGAGGACGAGAAAGGAUUGUUUUGUUGGUCUCUUUUUUCUUUCUUUGGAUUACGAGGUGUGUUUUCUUGCUGCUUCAUUGUUGGAUACUUUACUCCGGCUCUUCUUCUCGCUAUCAUGACUGCUACCAAGGAGCUAACGGAACUGUGUCGGUAACUCGAAGUGCACGGUAGGUCAGUGGCUGGAUUUCUGUGCUGUUUUAAGGUUGGAAUUUGUACAACAAAAACGAUCGGCAAUGUUGGUGGUGGAAAAAACUCAGGACGGUUUUAGCUGAAAGUGGCUGGACAAUAUCCACAGGGGAAAGCGGCGCUUCUCCCAGCCCCGCAGCUCAUUGGAGGACCUAUGGAUCUCGUGCAACCGACAACUUGUUGCCGUACCCUACUGUUGCUCAGCUCAUUCCUCCUCGUCCUAGAUGGCCACUUCAUAUGCUGGCAAGCUGUUCUCCGGUGCCAGCAGGAAAAAGAAUGCGAGUUAGCUUAUAACCAGUACCUGGCGGCAUGUGAUGCUUACCUGAAAGGAAACAGAAAGCAGUGCCCCAGCCACUGCAUCAGUGCACUGGUCAGACUGAACCAGACCCAAAAUGGGCCAGACUUGGAGAACUGCGAUUGCGGACAGGAUCAGCAGUGCCGGAGGGUGAAGCGUACCAUCGAGCCCUGCAUACCCCGCAGGCUGCCCCCCGACGCCGACAGCAUGGGCUGCACCGAAGCCCGGCAGCGCUGCGAGGAAGAGCCCGGUUGCCAUUCCACCCUGACGGCCUAUCUCUCCAAUUGCGGCCAGCUGUUCAACGGCAGGAAAUGUACCCUGAAGUGCAAAAGCACCAUCCAGCAAAUGCUCCUCAUCCCGAGCGGGGGGCUGCUCAACCGCUGUGUCUGCGACGGAGUGGAAAGACCAUUCUGCGAAGUCGUGAAAGAGAACAUGGGCAAGCUGUGCGCGAUCGGGGAGCAGAGCCUGUCGACGGUGGACCCAGAGAGCGAGGACAUGUACGAGGACGAAGAAGAGGAGCCCCGGACGGACAGGGAGGAGGGAGAGGCGGACACGGUGACUUCCUACUCGGGCACGGGACGGACACAACUUUCUGUCGUUUGCAUUUUGGCGGCCGCCUUGAGUGCGAUCGCCCACUGAAGUGAUAGCGGAUUCAAAGUGAUGCUGAAGAUUGUUUCGAUUCUAAAUGUUAGCGCCGCGCACUCGCUGCACACGUGGCAUUUCCUCUACAUUUUUGCGCAACUCCAGAAUUUCGCGGAGCCCAACUAAGUAAAAGUGAAUUGAAUGCUGUGAUUGAGAUGGGCGAUUUUUUUUUAUUGUAUUCCUUGAUUUAAACAGGAGCUUAAAAAGGCAAUCCCUGCUAGCGUUUUUGUACCUCCCACCCCCCUCCUCCGUCCCCGAUCGCCCCUUAAACAUGGCCUGCUCGCGUGGAGCUGGCCCGUUUCUCCGCUCUGCUACUUAUUAAGACUUUUGACCAACUCGCGGACGGCCUUAUUUCUGUUUACUCUUCUUUCCAACACUUCAGAGCCAGCCAUUGUGGUGAUCACACUUCAAAUAUUUGUGGUGAACCGCAAAAGAACAGGCAAGGGGUUUUGGGAUCAAGUAGUUAAAUUAACUGAAGUGUUUCAGCCCUCCCUUGCCGCCCCCCACUCCCCCAACCUCAG